AUGGAAAGCCCUUUACGUAAAGCACAUACACGUUGUAUACCAUUCUUGAGUGUUUAUCUUACUGAUGUUACGUUUUGUCAUGAGGGAAUUCCUACUCAUCGUACUUCUCCUAUUGAUCCGAAUUUUGAACAAUUAAUUUUGAUAAAUAACAAUGCUGCAGUUGCGUUCUUCCAUACUGCAACCUUUCAAGGUAUUGCAUUGCAUAACCGUCGCCUUAAGGUUGGAUGGGGUAAACAUUCUGGACCACCCUCUCCCGGUAUUGCCAUGGUGGUGCAAGCGGGUGGUUCUCGUAAUGUUUACAUUGGUCAAAUUGAAGACUUUGAGGCAUUUGACGAGGCCAAGAUCAGGCAAGACUUCUCACAGUACGGUGAGAUCGAGUUGGUCAACUUGCUUAAAGAGAAGAAUUGCGCCUUUGUAAAUUUCACAAACAUUGCCAAUUCGAUCAAGGCGAUUGAAGGUAUCAAACAGAAUGAAGAAUACUCAAAGUUCAAGAUCGCGUACGGUAACGAUCGAUGUGCCAAUGCCCCGCGUAACGCACCUUGGGCUCAAAUCUUUUCACCUACCAUCCCGACUCCUGGUGCCGGUCCCCGAAGUGCUCCUGCCCAGAUGACAGGUUUUAACCAUCACAUGCUUGGCGAAACAUCCCCUGUGUACAGUGCCAAUGGAUUCUCGCCCAACCCGACUGCUGAGGACCUUGCGCAUAUCGUGGUGACAGCUGAUGGUGGAAGUGUCCAUCCUGGUCAGGAAGUUGCGCAUGGCGAGGCUUAGUCAAGACCUCUCAAAUCACCACCACUCAUAUCUUGUCUAGACUUUUUACAAUUUCACGGUGAUAUAUGGAUGUAGUUUUGUUUCGUGUCAAUUUUUGGGCAAGUGGCUGAUCGGUAUAGAGCCUUUUAAAGUUAAUUUCGGCAUCAUCGACAACAAGUUUUUUCGUUUCUUCUCCACAAACAUCAUGGGUUGAUACUAGUGGGGUGAAUAGAGGACGCUUGAAGUCUUAUCUUACAAUUCCAAUCAGGGUUUUUGACUCGCCACAAUUUUCACAUUUAAACCUCUUGUUAACUCAGCAUUUUAUUUUUCAGACAAAACCUUUCAGAAAGUGGCAAGUCGUUGGUGACAAGCAAACAAAAUGUGUAUUGGAGCUUUUUCAUUUUUUCAUUUUUGUUUUUGCUCUCAGUAUUUCAUCUUCCUACCCAAAAAAAUCCUUUUUCCUCUUGAUCGUCCCACUCAAAAAGCAAAAAAAAACUCAAAGAAUUACAUCAAAGAUGUUGAUCGAUGUAGUAGUUUUGAUAAUGGUUUCUUAUUUUAGAUAACUUCAUUCCCGCUGAUCGGAUCUCUAGAUGUAUCCAUUCUCUUCAUCAUUCCUAUCAACACAUAGUACUGCUCUACCAUUUUCCAUUUGAUCACAAACCAUCAUUUUGUUCCAUGAUGUUUUUUUGUGGAUCAUAUCAAAUUGCAUACACCAUUGGUCUUUGGUCUUUUAUUUUACUUCUCUAGCUCUGCUGCUUUUUUUGAAUUGAUUUAUCAAAAGCUGAUGAUCAGUUUUUGCAGAAAAACAAAAACCCCAAUGUGAAUUCAAAAACUUGCUUCUUAAUCAUAUCUCUGAUUUUAGAGAAUUCAUUUUUAAUUUCAAUU